AAAAGCUUAAGUAAAAUUUAAGAGUGAAUGUUUUAUUUUAAAACGGUCCAUAAAUAAUGACUAAGAAAAAAUAAUUUUUUUCUUUGAUAUACAAAUUUCAAAUUUUUGUAAACUAUAAAAUGGAAUUUGGUGUAGACUCAGUUUUAGCAAAAACAGAGGCAAUAUUUGGAUCGGAUCAUUCUUCAGUUGUGUCAAUAAAUCUGUUCGUGGCACUGCUUUGUGGGUGUAUUGUUGUUGGGCAUUUACUUGAAGAAAAUCGGUGGAUUAAUGAGUCUAUUACGGCACUUGCUAUCGGUUUAUGUACUGGGAUUUUAAUAUUGGUUACUACUGGAGGAAAAAGCUCACGUCUUUUAGUGUUUAGUGAAGAUUUGUUUUUUAUUUAUCUUCUUCCUCCUAUUAUUUUUAAUGCUGGGUUUCAGGUGAAGAAGAAGCAAUUUUUUCGCAAUUUUAUGACUAUAAUACUCUUUGGUGCAAUUGGUACUCUAAUAUCCACUGGUGUCAUAUCAAUAGGUGCUAUGCACUUCUUUAAGAAAUUGAAUGUUGGUUCACUCACUAUUGGAGAUUAUCUUGCAAUUGGAGCAAUAUUCUCUGCAACAGAUUCAGUUAGUACCUUGCAGGUGCUUAAUCAGGAUGACACACCUCUGCUCUACAGUUUAGUUUUCGGAGAAAGUGUAGUCAAUGAUGCCACUUCUGUGGUGCUUUUCAAUGCAAUCCAGAGAUUUGACAUCUCCCACAUCGAUUCAACUAUUGCUACGCAAUUUGCUUGGAACUUUCUGUAUUUGUUCAUCUCAAGCACCAUUUUAGGAGUUUUAGCUGGACUGUUCAGUGCAUUCAUUAUCAAAAAGCUGUAUUUUGGCAGGCACUCUACGGACCGUGAGGUUGCUUUAAUGAUACUAAUGGCUUACCUUUCAUAUAUGCUGGCUGAACUAUUCUAUUUAAGUGCCAUUCUCACUGUAUUCUUUUGCGGGAUUGUUAUGUCUCACUACACAUGGCAUAAUGUGACUGAAAGUUCAAGGGUGACAACUAAGCAUGCUUUUGCUACUUUGUCAUUUGUUGCUGAGAUCUUCCUCUUCCUUUAUGUUGGCAUGGAUGCCUUAGAUAUCGAGAAAUGGAAAUUUGUAAGCCACAGCCCUGGGACAUCAGUUGGUGUGAGUGCAAUUCUUUUGGGUUUAGUUAUGCUUGGAAGAGCAGCUUUUGUGUUCCCCUUGUGUUUUGUAUCUAACUUGACAAAGAAGUCUUCCUAUGAGAAAAUUGGCUUAAAGCAACAGGUAACCAUUUGGUGGGCUGGUCUUAUGCGUGGUGCUGUUUCCAUGGCUCUAGCAUAUAAUCAGUUUAACAGUUCAAGCUAUACUCAAUUUCGCGGGUGCGCAAUCAUGAUCACCAGUACCAUAACGGUUGUCCUUUUCAGCACGGCGGUAUUUGGUCUGAUGACUAAACCACUGGUGAGAAUUUUGCUUCCAUCUUCAAAACAAGCUUCCAGCAUGCUGUCUUCGGAACCCACUAGCCCUAAAUCUUUCUUGGUGCCGUUUCUGAAUGGCCAAGAUGUAGAAGAUGACACUAAACAAGACCAAUAUGUCGGUCACCCACCGAGCUUAUUGAUGCUUUUGAGAACCCCAUCUUUUACUAUCCAUUAUUAUUGGCGAAAGUUUGACGAUGCCUUUAUGCGGCCUGUUUUCGGCGGUCGAGGUUUCGUUCCUUUCAUACCUGGCUCUCCGACUGACCCAAUUGACGUUCAUCAAUGGCUCUGAGGUGAAACUUUCGGGUCGUGAAUGACUACUAAUUAUACUUAGUAGGUAGGUGUAGAUUAUGCAAAUCAGUGUGAAAUUUGUUAAUAGGUGAGAGAUUUUCAAAGCGAGGUUGUGAUAUCAGUUUUUUGGUAAGGAUUUCACAGCUUGUAAUAUGAUCUCAAUUUUGGUGAUUCUUUUUCUUCAAUUUUGUCUAUAUGGUUUGUCAAACGAGAUCGUAUUCCUGAGAGUGUGCAGUAUAAGGAUGUAAGCUUGUCCAGGCUUGAUUUUGUAAAAGGCUUUUACUUAUUGUAUCUGCAUAAUUUUGAGAUAGUGAUUG